AGAGUGUUAUCAUUCCUGAUUUGUGUUUAUUGUUUACACACGCUUUUUGUGUUCGCGCGUGACAGUGUGUUUAGCGAAGUAAACAGUGCAAUUAUGGAUGUGAUCAGUUGCGAUGUUGGACCGCGAGGGCUGUGCGGCUGGCAAGAGAUUUUCACAGAUUUUGACAGCUGGUUAUGCAAAUUCAGCAGGCAUUUGAACCAAAAAAGAUCUUCACGUGUAAUUAAAUCUGUUGAAUUAAUAAUAGAAGAUUCUCCAAUAAAAACUGUAAGCAACAAAGCCAUUGCUGAUGAAGAAAAAGAAAAAAAAAUGGGUUCUUUAACAUUACAACACCUGUUAGUCGAAGGAUUCAGUAUAGAAAAAUGUACAAUAUCAAAUGACAGAAGCAAAAUGCACAUUAUGAAGGACCUGGGUCAUUUUUUAAAUAUUUUCCAAGAUGGCGACGAGUUUAUGGAUUACAAUUAUUUAUUGGUUCGAUUAUUGAGUGGCGGAAAGAAGUAUUUUUAUCAAUACACGAGAUCAAAACUUUUAUUUGUUAAUCAAAAUUUCCGCGACCCAGUGGUCCUGUACUUUGGCAGAAGGGAACGCAGCGAAACCAACUCUCCUUCGAGGAAAAUACCGUGUUUGCAGCAGGCGUCAUAA